ACAACCUGUGUAGCGUUACUAUUAGCAGCGUUAUUUAAAAUAGACGGAUUUAUUUUUACAUAGUGAUAUAUUAUGGAAAGAAAAACAUUCGGCAAAAAAACAUUUCAGCACAACCAACGACCUCGGGUGGACAGGUUCGUGCCGACGCGUGACCGAGUCCACAACCUGCAGCGACGACGGAGCUGGCACGCCGCCUGCUCACAACAGACUGAUGUGGAUAUUUGGUACGCAAAAUAUAUACAACAGAAGAAGUACGCGAAUUACCUUGAUGACGCGUUCGGCAUCGAGCCGGCGACCAAGGAUCCUGAUGUGGUGCAGACUUGGCCGUGUCGACCGCGGAAGAGGAGCUACUUGUCUUCCGCCGACAGCAUCCUAGAUCUACCGUCUUAUAGCUAUGCUGUUUUUCCAGAGCUGCUGGACUGGAGCAGCGACAACAUCCUGGUAGCGGCGCUGGGCUUGAACUACCACAAGUGGAGCUGGCGGACCCAGAGCCUCACCAGCCAGGGCCUCACCAGGUUCCCCAUACAGUGCUGCAAGUUUCACCCCCGAGGAGAACUGCUGGCUCUCGGUACAGAAGCUCAAGUGCUGGAGAUCCAUCACAACGGGCGCAACAAGGCGCUGUGGUACUGCUUCUGUAAGUGCGCGACGCUUGACGACGACUUCUGCAACGUGGUCGCCCUGGACUGGAGUCCUACUGGCAACUCGCUCGCCAGCGGCUGCACCUGGGGCACCGUGUCGUCCUUCAGCCGCAACGGCGAGGUGAUCAGCUGGCAGCGGCUGGCACGGAAGGCGGUGCUGGCGGUGCGCGUGUCGCCGGACGCGCGGUACGUCGCCGCCACCUCCCUCAACUCCGCCUACGUGACGCUGCUCACGUGGCCCGCACUGCAGCUGUACUCUGUCAUCAACGCGGACUGGACUAUCCGGACCAUAACCUGGCACCCGUGGCGCAGCGCUCUCCUAGGUAUCGGCACCAUGACGUCGGGCAUGCAGGCGCGGCUGGUGUUGUGGGACGCCCCCAGCUCCAGGGUCCGGGAGACCACGCUCGGCCGACACCAGUACAGCCUCGACGCGAUGCUGUUCAGCCGCCGCUCCGGCGAGUUGGUCAUCAGCCUGUGGAACACUGAGAGACCACAGACACUCAGUAAGACUUACUCGCAGCUUGUGGUCCUGAGUGGUCCGGAAACCGUGGUGGACCAGUGGGGGGAAGGCCGCUACGGGCUGGACCGCGUACGCACCAUGGUCUUCAGUCCCGAUGGGACCAAACUUGCAACUGCGACUGCCGACGAAGAUUUGAUAAUCUGGAACUUUCUCCCCGAAGACAAGGUGAAGAAGAAAACCAAGUGCAGGCGAUUCUCCGCCCUACCUGUGUACAUAGACGAGGCCAAUCAGGGCUUCUCCCUCCGAUGAGCGAAGAGAGAAAGAAAAAGAAGACGCUGGAUGUACUUCUUAGAUAUUUAUGAAUAUUUAUUCUUUGCGUUUU